AUGGUGCAGUCCUGUUCCGCCUACCGCUGCCGGAACCGAUACGACAAAGAGAAGCCCAUCUCCUUCCACAAGUUUCCUCUGACAAGACCUGAUCUCUGCAAGAAAUGGGAAGCUGCUGUUAAAAGGAAAAACUUCAAGCCAACCAAGUAUAGCAGCAUUUGUUCAGAACACUUUACUCCCGAUUGCUUUAAAAGGGAAUGCAACAACAAGCUUCUGAAAGAAAAUGCAGUGCCCACAAUAUUUUGCUAUACUGAACCCAGUGAAAAGCCUGAAGAAUUUGCAGAACAGCCGGAAGAUCCACUACCACCUCCUCCACCACCGCCGCCGCCACCACCACCACCACCGCCACCACCAGCAGCAGCAGCUCCGGUACUACCGCCAUCUCCAUCAACGCCUUCUUUUCAUUUGUCUCAAAUAGAUGCCAGAUUUGUAGAUCCAAGUAUUGGAUUAUUGAUGCCUCCUCUCCAGACCCCUAGCAAUCUUGCUGUUUUUUGUGAUCACAACUAUACCGUAGAGGAUACAGUUCAUCAGCGAAAAAGAAUUCAGCAGCUAGAGGAACAAGUUGAAAAACUGCGGAAGAAGCUCAAGACAGCGCAACAGCGAUGCCGGCGUCAGGAAAGACAAAUCGAAAAACUGAGAGAAAUUGUUCAGUUUCAGAAAGAAAAAGACAUAUUGGCAGGAAAAGGCUAUGUGAUUUUGCCCAAUGACUAUUUUGAAGUUGUAGAAGUACCUGCCUAGAGAUCAUGAACAUCAGUUUUCACUUUGCUAGGCCGCAAAAUUUAGUUUAAAAGCUAAAUGCUCUCUAAUUCUGUGUGUAAGACUCUCCAGAAUUCUAAAACAGUAAAUAAGCAGUCAUACAAAUGAGAUCACAUUUUUUCUUCAUUGUCAUUUCAGUUUGAUACACUUUUAAUAUAUUGAAAAUGCAGCCAUUUCAGAAUUAGAAUGUGCAUUUAGUUUACAAAAUCUGAAUUGCUUUACAGAAGGAAAGGAUGUAAGGUUGAAUAAAUUUAAAAUCUUUUUUUUUUUUUUU